AUGAAUCUUCGAGGUGUUGAAGAUAACGCGAGGCGGGAUCCUCUGUCCAACACGCAGAGCACCUUAGUUGAGGUCUCCUCUGAAAAUCCCGCCAUGACAACAGAGAGACCUUGGGGUUUUCUUCUUUCUGAUAAGCACCGCGUGUUGUUUCUCUCAGAAAGACGGCAAAUCACGUGUGGGAGAUCUCCAAGGUGUGACGUUGUCCUGGAUGACCCCCGAAUCAGUGCGGUUCACUUUACCAUUACCUUUUCCGUCGAGGUGAGCGUGCCGUCACCUGGCGGGCGAGGUCCGUAUCGUCAUCCGAGCCGGGCAACUCGACCACACAUGCCCUCAGGUACUACAAUAACAAUGGGGCAACCCUUACUGGGUUCGCAGGACAAUUUCUUUUCUUUUCAAGAGCAGCACGAUGACGCGCAUCAUCACUCACGGCUGCCACGCCAACGUGCCUCAGAGGUGAGAAUCUAUCUUGAGGACCACAGCAGCAAUGGAACGUACGUGAAUGACACGAAGGUAGGAAAAGGUCGACGCUGUCAGCUACAAAGUGGAGAUGACAUUGGCGUUGUGGCCUUUCAGCAAAGCAACUUGAGUGGUGGUGGCGGGGAGGAGAAUGGGGUUGGAAGCGCCACCGACUCCUUUUCUUUGGUUCCCGUGGAUGAUGUCACCACGUUGUCAAUUGGGUUUCCAAAUACAAUUUACGUUGAGAAAUUUUGUUUUCAAUCCUACCACUUGCUAGACAACGCCGUGGGUUUGGAAGUUGGUGGGCGGAAGAAUACGCAACAGGGACCAGGCGCAGGAAAAGAAAGGGAGUCUCUCAAGCAAUCCGUAAAGGCACCGCCUUUUCCCCUUCAGUUACAAUGGGGCUGUCCAAUUGCGCGCGGUGCAAGCAGUGUGGUGUAUGCCGGCAUGGACGUGGGCACCGGUCGGAGGUUGGCAUUGAAAGUACUUCAAGAUGACGGUUUUUCCUCCCCGUCAAGUCCUCGAGCUUCAGUGAUGGAGGGGCCGCCUGGAACCUCAUGGAAGCCGCCACGUCAAAUAUAUUCCUCGAACGUUUAUCAGAAAAAUAAUGAAGCCUUGCAUGGGUUUCCUGCCUUAUCGGAUGAAUAUUUGCGGGAAUUCUACUUUCUUACGUACCUUACCCACCAUCGCAUUGUGCAGUGUCUUGGGGUGAAGAAAAUCCCUCGGGGAAUAUGUAUCGUUUUGGAGUACGUUGCUGGUGGAACUUUGCAAGAUUUGAUUAAAAAUUUUGGGGCCUUUAACGAAAAUGUCAUACGUCUUUAUACGUUACAGGUGCUGCAAGGCAUGGAGUAUCUUCAAUCCCGCGGUGUGGUUCAUGGUGAUCUGAAGACUGCCAAUGUGCUGAUGACGGAGAAGGGCAACCUUAAAAUUAGUGACUUUGGUACAAGCAGGUUUGUUCAAACUAUUUACGUUGCCGAUUCUGAUUCAGAUCUGUUUCCGGGUAGAGGCUCUGGUUGUCCCACGCAGGGUGCUGAGAAGAAGCUUUGUGGGACCCCAAUAUAUAUGAGCCCGGAGCUCAUUUCUACACAGGAGUCCACUUUUGCCUCAGAUGUAUGGGCAUUGGGGUGCAUGGUAUAUGAAAUGGCUAUGGGCGUCCCGCCAUGGGAAGAACUUCAUGACUUGUCGCCACACAUUGUCGUGUGGAGAAUUGGUGGAGCCAAGAAAGGACCAAGCCUAGACUGUCUGCGCAGAUGUGGGGCCAGUCCAACGCUGCUUAAUUUUUUGGAGUGCGCCCUUCACCUGGACUGUAAAAAGCGACUCUCAGUGGAAGAACUGCUGAAGCAUCCUUUUAUUUUGGGACAAGCGCCCAUCGUGUGUUCGCAGUCUUUCCCAUUGUUUUCCCCAUCGUCGUUGGAGUGGAGCCCGCGGAUGAACUCUCCGCGGAUGCAGAUGCAGCUGGCAAAUGGCAAUUUGGGUACUGCCGUCAAUGGAGAGAAACCACUGCGCGUUUCCGAGGAAGAUGAGCCAAAUUAUGGAAUGGUGUUGGGCGGUGAAUUCGGAGAUAUGCCGCAGCAGGAAUUAUUACAGCCGUUGCUGGAGUUGGGUGGUCCCGCGGUGGUGGCGGAAAUGCGUCCGAAUCAAUCCAAUCACUGCACGUCAUCUUCGAGUCAGGCCGCCGGGGCCGAGAGUCACCAGGCUAUCACCUGCGAGCCAAAUUGCAGGUGGAAGUUUGAAAAUAAGAGCUUCGUGCAAACAGAAAAAAGAAGCAGCGUGACAAAUAAAGAUGCGUCCUCAGUGCGGAUCCCGCGGCGGCGUCUAGAGGGUGCGGUCUGCUUGCGACAAGGGCGUGGCAGCCACGGCUCCAUGAAUAGCAUGGAUGCUGUCCGUCAGGGCGAUAACAUUCGUGAUGCAGCAGCCGCACUCACAUCCUACGAAAUAACAGCAGAGUUUUCGAGACUGACGGGGUUAUUUGGAGAAUAG